AAUGUAACAGAACUACUGGAACUGAAACUGGACCGUGAGGCCAACCUCACCAGCAACGUGGUGCUGGUGCUGCUGACCCAGCAGAAUGUCAUCGUGGAAGCUGGCACCAGCUGCGAGGUGGCCAUCUGGGGGACCUGCCAGACUGGAGGAUGUCUCUCCUGCUUCCCAAGGGUCGACAAUGUGACCGUAACACCCAAAGACCACUGUCGCCACAACAGUGUGUGCACUGGUGUGCUCACCUGCCAGGGUGGAAUCUGCCAGGGUGACGGGGGCAGCCCCCUCAUCUGCAAUGGUCUGGCCCAUGGUGUGGCCUCCUUCACCAUGGAGCACUGCAGCUGGGAUCCCAACUUCUUCACCUGUGUGGCACGCUUCCAAAACUGGAUCGAUAGUGUCCUCAACCCACCUGCUGGCCUGAGGGAAGCCCCAUCAAGCCGUGCGGAGCCUGUGACCUGCUGUGGAACCCAGCCUUGA